GGGCGCGCCGCUCAGCUCCUGCGAAAGCAGCGGGGGCCGCUGAACCGGAGCCGGAGCCGGAGCCCCGGGCGGGCCGAAGCGGGCUGCAGAGACAUGGGAUCCGCCGACUCCAAGCUGAACUUCCGGAAGGCGGUGAUCCAGCUCACCACCAAGACGCAGCCUGUGGAAGCCACCGAUGACGCCUUUUGGGACCAGUUCUGGGCGGACACGGCCACCUCGGUGCAGGAUGUCUUCGCCCUGGUGCCGGCGGCGGAGAUCCGGGCCGUGCGGGAGGAGUCACCCUCCAAUCUGGCCACCCUGUGCUACAAGGCAGUCGAAAAGCUGGUGCAGGGGGCCGAGAGCGGCUGCCACUCUGAGAAAGAGAAGCAGAUCGUCCUGAACUGCAGCCGGCUCCUCACCCGCGUGCUGCCCUACAUCUUCGAGGACCCCGACUGGAGGGGCUUCUUCUGGUCCACAGUGCCCGGCGCAGGGCGAGGAGGGCAGGGAGAGGAGGACGAUGAGAGUGCCCGACCGCUGGCCGAGUCCCUGCUGCUGGCCGUCGCCGACCUGCUCUUCUGCCCGGACUUCACGGUCCAGAGCCACCGCAGGAGCACUGUGGACUCGGCGGAGGAUGUCCACUCCCUGGACAGCUGUGAAUACAUCUGGGAGGCCGGGGUGGGCUUCGCGCACUCCCCCCAGCCCAACUACGUCCACGACAUGAACCGGAUGGAGCUGCUGAAGCUGCUGCUGACGUGCUUCUCCGAGGCCAUGUACCUGCCCCCGGCUGCAGACAGUGGCAGCGCCAACCCCUGGGUGCAGUUCUUUUGUUCCACGGAGAACAGACACGCCCUGCCCCUCUUCACCUCCCUGCUCAACACCGUCUGUGCCUAUGACCCUGUGGGCUACGGGAUCCCCUACAACCACCUGCUCUUCUCCGACUACCGGGAACCCCUGGUGGAGGAGGCUGCCCAGGUGCUCAUCGUCACCCUGGACCACGACAGUGCCACCAGCGCCAGCCCCACGGUGGACGGCACCACCACCGGCACCGCCAUGGACGAUGCCGAUCCUCCAGGACCCGAGAACUUGUUUGUGAACUACUUGUCCCGCAUCCAUCGUGAGGAGGACUUCCAGUUUGUCCUUAAGGGCAUGGCCCGUCUGCUGUCCAACCCCUUGCUCCAGACCUACCUGCCUAACUCCACCAAGAAGAUCCAGUUCCACCAGGAGCUGCUGGUUCUGUUCUGGAAGCUCUGUGACUUCAACAAGAAAUUCCUCUUCUUUGUGCUGAAGAGCAGUGACGUGCUGGACAUCCUGGUCCCCAUCCUCUACUUCCUCAACGACGCCCGAGCAGAUCAGUCUCGCGUGGGCCUGAUGCACAUCGGCGUCUUCAUCCUGCUGCUGCUGAGCGGGGAGCGGAACUUCGGGGUGCGGCUGAACAAGCCCUACUCGGUGCGCGUGCCCAUGGACAUCCCCGUCUUCACGGGCACCCACGCGGACCUGCUGAUCGUGGUGUUCCACAAGAUCAUCACCAGCGGGCACCAGCGGCUGCAGCCCCUCUUCGACUGCCUGCUGACCAUCGUGGUCAACGUGUCCCCCUACCUCAAGAGCUUGUCCAUGGUGGCCGCCAACAAGCUCCUCCACCUGCUGGAGGCCUUCUCCACCACCUGGUUCCUCUUCUCCUCUGCCCAGAACCACCACCUGGUCUUCUUCCUGCUGGAGGUUUUCAACAACAUCAUCCAGUACCAGUUCGACGGCAACUCCAACUUGGUCUACACUAUCAUCCGCAAGCGCAGCGUCUUCCACCAGCUGGCCAACCUGCCCACGGACGUGCCCACCAUCCACAAGGCACUGCAGCGGCGCCGGCGGGCGCCCGAGCCCUUGUCCCGCACCGGCUCGCAGGAGGGCAGCUCCAUGGAGGGCUCCCGGCCCGCUGCCCCCGCCGAGCCUGGCACCCUCAAGACCAGCCUGGUGGCCACCCCAGGCAUCGACAAGCUGACGGAGAAAUCACAGGUAUCGGAGGAUGGCACCUUGCGGUCUCUGGACCCUGAGCCCCAGCAGAACUCCGCUGACGGUGGCCGCACCAUGGGGACAGACGAGGGAGACUCCUGGAGCAGGGAGCCGGGCCACCCGUGGCGGGAGCAGCGGCAGCUGUCCAGCACGGCAGCCAGCGGGCAGUGGAGCCCAACGUCCGAGUGGGUGCUGUCCUGGAAGUCGAAGCUCCCGCUGCAGACCAUCAUGAGGCUGCUGCAGGUGCUGGUGCCCCAGGUGGAGAAGAUCUGCAUCGACAAGGGCCUGACGGACGAGUCGGAGAUCCUCCGCUUCCUGCAGCACGGCACCCUCGUGGGGCUGCUGCCCGUGCCCCACCCCAUCCUCAUCCGCAAGUACCAGGCCAACUCGGGCACCACCACGUGGUUCCGCACCUACAUGUGGGGUGUCAUCUACCUGAGGAACGUGGACCCGCCCGUCUGGUACGACACUGACGUGAAGCUGUUCGAGAUCCAGCGAGUGUGAGGCUGAAAACAGCCAGGGGAGGGGCCAGGGAAGGACUGGGGCCCUGGGCCCCGCCAGUGCUCCCCCAGAUCCACUGUUCUGACUUUGAAUUCCCGCGAUCAGGGUGGCCACGUCCUGGGUGGCAGGCCCCAGGGGCCCCUUGCAGCUGGGGGGUGGGCAGGGCCCUACUUGGAGCCAGGGCCCGCCUAGAGCCCCCACCUCACACUGGCUCCCCCCAAGAUCCAUUUCAGUGCUGACCCCUCAGGGCCGGCCCCGUUUCUGGCUGCCCAGCUCCAGAGGCCACAGGCCACCGUGCUCGAAUGGGGCUGCCCAAGAAGGGUCCUGGCUGUCCCUGGGCAGGUGAGGGGAGCCCUUCGGUGCCUCCUAACCUGCAGGAGCCCCCCCAGCCCCGCUCACUGCCAGGGCCCCUGGGAGCAGCAAGUGUGUCCGUCUGCUCGCCCAGGGGCUUGGGGCUGGCAGGCUGCAAGCACCAGACUGAGGGACCCCCAUGGAGUUUAGGGUUUGAAAUGGGGUAUUGGGUGUCCCCUGUUAUAUUCUCCUGGGUCAGUGGAUGUAGUCUGGCCCCCUCUUAUCCAGUAACAGGGGAUGGGGAGUGCCCGAGGCAGCAGCUCAGCCCUCCGGGCUCCAGCCUAUUGCCCUGGAGCUGGGCCCCGGCUCUGCCUCAGGUCCCCUCACCCCCAUGUCAGUACAAUCUCUGCUCAGUACAAUCGACCUUUUUACACAAUAAAAUCUCCCUCUCCA